UGCCCUCCCUGUACAAACGAAAGGAACCCUUCUGUAAAUUGAAAGAGUUAUUAUGAACAUCGAUGCUGAUUCAAAUGAGAACUAUUUUAUUUUUCUUCAGCAGGAUAAGCUCGAGAUGAUGAUUCAACCUUACCGCUUUGGAAAUUGUCUGUCGACCGAGAAUGGCUGUACUUGAGCGGUGUUCAUCAACAUCAUUCGCCCAUUAGCCAUGCAAUCGCUAUCCAUCUUUUAUCAUAUCAGUUCUCCGGCACCAGCGAUAAGAAACACCAAAACUAGACUGAAAGUGGAGUGCAGUAUCACAGUUCUGUGGAAAGCAAAGUAUCUUCAUAAUGUUUACAACUGAGGCGGAAGCAACUCUCUUACUAGCUGUAUUCUGUAACUUUUGCACAAGAUAAAACCUUCAUUUGUUAGCAAAAUGCUGAUGAAAAAUAUACGACAGAUUUACGGAAUAUCCUCAGGAUUACUCACCUUGAUGCCGUCGGGAAUAUUCCUAGCCGUCGGACUGUUCAAUCCCGAGCUGCAUCAGCAUUCGUGGACAUUCGACCAUGAAGAGUACACCAUUCUGUUGACUAUUCUUGUAUUUCAUCUAGGGGCGAUAGCCGGGGCGGCACUUACUGCCUAUCUUUUGCCUACCUAUUAUAAACAACACAUUGCGCGUUUCUACUACUACGCGUAUAUCGGUGCCGGGGUCCUGCUGGCAGCACGAUUCUUCGAUUUGUGGUCUAUUUUUAUAGCCCGAAUCAUAGGUGGAAUGGCAUUCGGUUCCGCGUACCUCAACACCGUCAUCCACGCAGGCGAAAUCGCAUCCGAUGAACUACGAACCACAAUCGUAAGCUUUGUGAACGGUUUUCUGAUGGUUGGCUAUCUUCUACACGCCACAAUCAAUUCGUUGAUUUUGAAUGAUGACUCGAUGGAACCUACACAGAUAUAUGGCAUUAUAUCGAUCCUUGCUGCCGUCUCGAGUGGUCUGUGUGCGACGUUUCUAACUCGAGAAUCUCCACUAUUUUUACUGAAGCGAGAGGGAGAAGUUUCAGCGGCCGAUACGAUCGCAAAGCUGCGUCAAGAACCGAUUGAUUCACCGAUAGUAUUUGCUGAGCUUGUUGAAGCUAAAAUCGUGGUUUGGGACGAUCCAGAGCAAAAUACCUCCCUACAUAAGGAAGGAAACCUACGACCGCUAAGCUUGCUGAUCGUAUGCGCUAUUGUGAAAGCGUUGUCCUUCAAUCUGAUCAUCAACUUACUGCAAUUGUAUGCUAUCGAUGACAUCAACAUCUGGUGGAACAUCCAAGACUACGACCUCGCACCCGUUCUGAUGGUUCUAAUACGCCUAUCGGUAGCAAUCGCUGGAAUUCAAACUGUGGACCGACUCCCCAAGAAACUUCUACUCACCGUAUCCAGCUUGCUGAGUGGAGUUCUCCUCCUAACCGCCGGAAUAUUCUACCAAACCAACAGCGAUAUGUCAUCGGCAACGACUGUCCCUCUAUUCCUCGCCUAUCAACUGGUGUCGGCAAGUGGUUGUGCGUUCGCAGGGGAUGUCUACUGCUCGGAAGCCUUUUCGCCGAAGAAGAAAGUACUCUCGGUAGCCGUUGUACAGUCCGUCGAACAGUUGGUACAUGUUGUCGUUUUGUCGAUCGCCUUUUCACCAAAUUUCUCCAUCGAUCGACCCGUGUUCGGGGAGAUUCUACUGGCUGCCGGUGUACCAAUCGUUGCCGGGAGCAUCGUACUGCAAGUGUUUCUUCCGGAGACGAAGGAUGUUUCCCUACGGCAGGCAAGGAAUCUGUUCGAAAAGGGACGUAGAUAGGAUUAUUGAAGUCAAAAACUAGGCUUAAGUUACACGAAGAAAAGAAAUAAACAUGCUUA